AUGUUAAUUAAACCUAAAGUCAACGAAACAACAGUAUUAAAACAGAUUCCAUCGAUUGUAUCACUCGGUCCAGCGCACCGGGUUGAACCGGUGCAAUUCGGUACAAUCCGGUUAUUCUGGUUCAAAGCAAUUCUCGAAUAUUCGAAACUAGAACGUUUUUCGUACAAAGGUCAAACUGUUGAGAUCACCCCACGAGAGGCCGUGAGAAGAGUAGGGGAUGACCUCACAGUACUCUGCAAAGUCUCAUACCCAAUUGACUCUUGCCGGAUGACAGUUGGUUCGACGCCCUAUAGAUUGAUACCAAGUCAACAGGAUGAAGAAGUCGUCUACUCAGGGCAGGGGUUGCAGUUCGGCGAAUGUGGCGCACACAUUAAGCAUAUAAAAGAGGAAUGGAAUGGCAAUAUCUCCUGUAUGCUGCCGCCGCCGAGUGGGAGUAUUGAAGUCACUGGUAUCAUGCGGCUUGUUGUUGCAAAGCCACCAGCCAACCCUCAACUGAUAUCACCCCCGCAGUCCAACUUCAAGGAGGGAGACGUCUUCAUGGCCCAAUGUAUUGUACCAAACGGACGACCGGUUGCUAAAAUCACAUGGUUUUUGGACGAUGACCAAUUCCUCACAGGCGUCCACCAGCCAAUAAUCACCUCCGAGCCAGGCAUCGACUUGGAGACCAUCAGCCAGAAUAUCACUAAGGAACUGUCAGCUGACGAUAACGGCAAACGACUGGUCUGCAGAGCUGAACACGAAGCUUUAGAUAGUCCUAGGGAGGCUGCGAGACAGCUGGUCGUAUAUUACCCACCAAAGCGCACAGAGGCCGGUCAAGUCACAAUAUUUGGCUUGAAAAUUGGUUCCGAAGGACGUUUGAAUGUAACUGUGAGGGCUAAUCCACCUCCCGAAGCUCAGUGGACCGUUGGAGAGUUGGUGUUAGCUGCUCCUCAAAAGAACGAAGACUCUUCCAUCACCGCCUUGGAACCUGUGCACUUGGGUGGUGGGUACUACAACGUAACAUUAGUACUGACAGCGGUGGCUAAAGAAGACGUCGAUAGAACAUACUACCUGAGAGUUAGCAAUGAUUUGGGAAGAGAGGAAUUCGCCCUACGACUGAGUACCAUGGACGAACCUGCAGGUGUCGAGCUAAGUCCUGGUGCAAUUGCGGGAAUCGUAGUGGCGAUUUUGCUUCUCAUUACACUGGUUUCACUGACUGUGUUCGCCAAGGCUACUGACCGGUGGUGUUUCGCAGGGCGGUCUCACCGCACCGACAUACCGGACGGGGCUGAUUCUGAGGCACCCCUCCCCCCACACGAUGACAUCAAGGGCUCAGAGAAUCCAACCCACGAGCACGGAGACUUCAUCAGUAACGGAGACACAAAACACCCAGAAAAGAAACCAGAUACCGCGGUCUAA